AUGGCCAUAGCGCAACCUAGGAAAGUAUAUGGAGAAAUUGGUAAGUGGAAAUCCAAAGCUGCGCGAUUAGCUUUAAAACAGACGCACAGUAUAUCACAGAGAUUAGUACCAACCCCAGCACAUUCAAACGAUGCACGCACUAACAGAGUUAACGAAGCACGCGCUCAUGAAGUAAACGAUGCACGCGAUAAUAACCUCGUACGGAAGACUCUAUUCAACGAUCAGGAAGGUGCACAACCGUUAAGAAAGAAAACAUCGUUGCACCAAUUCAUUGCAAAGGAGAUUGCGGCACAAAAAUUACACACACGUACUGCUGCCAACACAGACACUACUGCACAUACUACGACCAACUCUGACAGACACUGCUGCACGUGCUGCGACCAGCACAGACACUACUGCACGUGCUGUAACCAGCACAGGCUCUACUGCACGUGCUGCAACCAACACAAACACUACUGUACGUGCUGCGACCAGCACAGGCAACUCUGCACAUACUGCGACUACCACAGACACUACUGCACAUACUGCGACCAACACAGACACUACUGCACGUGCUGCGACCAGCACAGACACUACUGCACGUGCUGCGACCAAUACAGACACUACUGCACGUGCUGCGACCAACACAGACACUACUGCACGUGCUGCGACCAGCACAGACACUACUGCACCUGCUGCAACCAACGCAAACACUACUGCACGUGUUGCGACCAGCACAGGCAAUUCUGUACAUACUGCGACUACCACAAACACUACUGCACAUACUGCGACCAACACAGACACUACUGCACGUGCUGCGACCAACACUGUGGCGAGUCGGACCAGGAAGAAGGACAAGAUCCCAAUGCGGAGUGGAAUGCCUUAUGGGCUAGAAUGCCCCGUGUUGAUCCACCAGAGCAAUCCCUACACGUGCAGGUAAAGUUUAAUAGAGGAAACAACACAAGAUCAUUCAGCAACAGAGGCAAGGAGGAUCCCCUGAUGUAUGCUUAAUGUCAUUGGUAUAUGUUUGAUGUGGCUGAUUUAGAGCGUCAAAUUCUAUUGUUGGCUAACCAUGCUAUUAACAAGUAGCGAGCACAACCAACAUCAAAGAAGAACGCAGUGGGCGGG